AGAGUCCAUAUUUUACGUGCGAGCAAAAAUAGCAUUCCCAAGCAACGAAUAAAUUCUCUUCUUCUGUCUUCUAGGGUUUGCGUUCCCGCCAUUGUCGACCUUGCUCGCUGCCGCUCCUUCCCCCUGUUCUGCACUGGCAUUGCUCUGAGAUCAUCUAUAUACCAUAUCCUGCUCUCAAUGGUAUGCUCGUUUGGGAGUGGGAGAAUGGCAGUCAUUGCAAGGCUUCUGGCUGCUGGCAGGUUCUCCCAAACUAGGGCAGAGGAGAUUGGCCAUCAGAAGUCAGCUGCUGAAUACGUUUUCAGAGAUCUGCGAGAUGCAGAUGAAGCAAAUUUGCUUGAUGAAGAAGAUAUGCAUGUGUAUGGUUUGAGACCUAUGUCUGAUCCCUUGCAGCUGGUAUGUUGCAAUGCUUGCAAGAAGCCCAUCCAGGCCAGCCAAUAUGCUGCUCAUGCAGAACUUUGUAGGUCAUUAAAGUAUGCAGAACAAACCAUUUUGGAGGUUGAUGGCAGCAUGGGCUAUCGAAAGCCCCCAAGAAAAGAAAAGAAAAAGUUAUCAUCAACUUCUUGUGCUAAUCAAGCUCCAGCAGUUGGGGAGGAGGGAAGGGCUGAGGCUGUGGAUUCUAUUGAUGCCGCUGUGCCACCAUCCCAUAUGAAUGAUCAUCAAAUUAGAGUCACUUGCUAUUCCAACGAUGGUAAAGAUGCAGCAUCUAUGAUGGAUGGUACGGGAUUUAAACUUGGAAAUAGAGAUCACCCAGCUUCUGUAAUGCAACCUCCAACAAAACGUCGUAAAUUGAUUAGUGGAGUACAUUCACCUCUACCAGAAAGUCCUGCAACAGAAUCUAGAAUAACAAGACCAGCUAGCUUUGCAAAUAAAAAUACUUGCAAAGGUGGGGAUAUGUUGGAAAGAACUGUCUCUGAAAAUGGAGAUCCAAGCCAUAAAAAUUUUGGGCUUGUCCUAGAGCAACACCUUACAAAGAGAGACGGUCCUGCACCCCUUGCUACCAAGGUGUAUUAUUCACAAAGGAACAAUCGUCUGCGUGCAGCUCUUCGUCAUCUUUAUUUUCAGGAAUCAAGCAAUGAAUUAUGUACAGAUAUUGCCAGUCCAAAGUCCUCAAAUGAAACGUUAGCGUUCCAAGAUUCACAUCAUAUAGACCCUUCAUUUGGACAAAAGGAUGAUGAUAACACGGAGUGCCUCUUGCCAAAUUUGAGCUCAGUGCGAAGUCCUAAUCAUAUUCUUGCGAAAAGUUCAGACAUUUGCAUGCGUAAGGCAGAAGACCUACCGGCUAGCAACUUGCCAAAUCAAUUUGUUGUUAAUGUUUCAAGGCCUGCAGCUCCUCAUCUUGUUUGACAAGAAGCAGCUUUCUUCCAAAGCCU